GGCACCAUGUUGCUGGUUGAAAAGACAACCGACUCACCAGCGGCUGAGUUCUCGCUGGUGGAGGACGUGGCACUGCACUUUGCCUGCUUGAUGGGCCGCCUGAAUGAGCAGCGCCUCUUCCAGCCCGACCUCUGUGACGUGGACCUCGUGCUGGUGCCCCAGCGCAGCGUCUUUCCGGCACACAAGGGCGUGCUCGCUGCCUACAGCCAGUUCUUCCACUCACUCUUCACCCAGAACAAGCAGCUGCAGCGUGUGGAGCUGUCCCUGGAGGCACUGGCACCUGGUGGCCUGCAGCAGAUCCUCAACUUCAUCUACACGUCCAAGCUGCUGGUCAACGCGGCCAACGUCCACGAGGUGCUCAGCGCCGCCUCAUUGCUGCAGAUGGCUGACAUUGCCGCGUCCUGCCAGGAGCUGCUGGAUGCCCGCUCCCUAGGCCCACCGAGUUCUGGCACUGUAGCCUUGGCCCAGCCAGCUGCCAGCUGCACCCCAGCUGCGCCACCCUACUACUGUGACAUCAAGCAGGAGGCAGAUACCCCAGGCCUGCCCAAGAUCUAUGCCCGUGAGGGCCCUGACCCUUACUCAGUGCGUGUUGAGGAUGGAGCAGGGACUGCUGGUAGCACAGUGCCUACCACCAUUGGGCCAGCCCAGACCUUCUUCAAGGAGGAGAAGGAGGGUGGUGUGGAGGAGGCUGGCGGGCCCCAGGCCAGCUUAUGCAAGCUGGAGGGUGGGGAGGAGUUGGAGGAAGAGCUUGGGGGUUCUGGCACCUACAGCCGCCAGGAGCAGUCCCAGAUCAUCGUGGAGGUGAACCUCAACAACCAGACACUGCACGUGUCCACGGGGCCUGAGGGGAAGCCUGGCCCUGGGACGAGCCCGGCCACCAUGGUGCUGAGCCGGGAAGAUGGGCUGCAGAGACACUCAGAGGAGGAGGAGGAGGAGGAGGAAGAGGAGGAAGAAGAUGAGGAAGAGGAGGGUGGUGGCAGUGGAGGAGAGGAGGAAGAGGAAGACGGUGGCAGUCAGGGAGAAGAGGAAGAAGAGGAGGAGGAAGGGCAUAGUGAGCAGGAGGAGGAGGAAGAGGAAGAGGAGGAGGAAGAGGAAGGGCCCAGUGAGCAGGAUCAAGAGAGCUCUGAGGAGGAGGAGGGGGAGGAGGGGGAAGCCGGGGGCAGGCAGGGGUCGCCCGUUCGCCGGAGCAGUAGGCCUGAACCCGCUCCCCACAGCCGCAUGGCCACGCGGUCUCGGGAGAAUGCCCGGCGCCAGGGCACCUCUGAGCCUGAGGAGGCUGGGCAGGGCAGUGGGAAGCGACCCAAGCUGUCUGCCAGAGUGGCCUCUGCACCGGCCCGAGUGCCUCCAGCCACUGAUGGGCUGGGGGCCAAGGUGAAGCUGGAGGAGAAGCAGCACCACCCAUGCCAGAAGUGCCCAAGAGUUUUCAACAACCGCUGGUACCUGGAGAAACACAUGAACGUGACCCAUAGCCGCAUGCAGAUCUGCGACCAGUGUGGCAAGCGCUUCCUGCUGGAGAGCGAGCUGCUGCUGCACCGGCAGACAGACUGCGAGCGCAACAUCCAGUGUGUGACGUGUGGCAAAGCAUUCAAGAAGCUCUGGUCCCUCCAUGAGCACAACAAGAUUGUGCAUGGUUAUGCAGAGAAGAAGUUCUCAUGUGAGAUCUGUGAGAAGAAGUUUUAUACCAUGGCUCAUGUGCGAAAGCACAUGGUUGCCCACACCAAGGACAUGCCCUUCACCUGUGAAACCUGCGGGAAGUCCUUCAAGCGCAGCAUGUCCCUCAAGGUGCACUCACUGCAGCACUCCGGGGAGAAGCCAUUCAGAUGUGAGAACUGCAACGAGCGCUUCCAGUACAAGUACCAGCUGCGGUCACACAUGAGCAUCCACAUUGGCCACAAGCAGUUCAUGUGCCAGUGGUGUGGCAAGGACUUCAACAUGAAGCAGUACUUCGAUGAGCACAUGAAGACCCACACAGGGGAGAAGCCGUACAUCUGCGAGAUCUGUGGCAAGAGCUUCACCAGCCGGCCCAACAUGAAACGGCACCGGCGCACACACACUGGCGAGAAGCCCUACCCGUGCGACGUGUGUGGCCAGCGCUUCCGCUUCUCCAACAUGCUCAAGGCCCACAAGGAGAAAUGCUUCCGCGUCAGCCACCCCUUGGCCACUGAUGGCCCAACCUCCACCCCAGCCCUGCCCCCAGCCCAGCCUCAGGCACACGCGCUGCCCCUGCUCCCAGGGCUACCCCAGACCCUGCCGCCCCCGCCGCACCUGCCACCCCCACCUCCGCUCUUCCCCACCACUGCCAGCGCUGGCGGGAGGAUGAAUGCCACCAACUAGAUGCUGAGCUGCACCUGCUGGGACCUGGAGUCCAGGGUCCACUCCAGGAGGGACCCCACUGCUCUCCUUCCUGGGGAGGGCAGCAGCACGAGCCUGGGCCGCUGCUCCCCACCUCCAGAGGUGGCUGGAUGUGCUUCGCCCGAGACCCCUACCCUGGGGGGUGUGCAGGCUGGCAGCCCCCAGAGCUGGUAGAGGACAUCUCACUCCCAAGUGCCCCCCCUUUCUGCAACUCCCUGAAGCCUUUACUUUUUGCUUUUUUGGAAGUGAAGAAAAAAGAAAAGAGGAAACUAUUUGCAGUACCCACCUCCAGGUGAGGAGGGUGCUGGAGACAGCAGGUACAGCGAGGAGGGAGAAGCCCAGGUGGCAGGCGUGGUGGCCAGUCAUGCUGCUGAGGCCUGAGCCAGAGGACGGGGUUGGCCAGGCCCACCCUGGAUCUGCCUCAGUGGUUUAUCCCCACAUUCCCAUGCCCCUAAUUUGCUCCCUUACCCUGGAGGGUUUGUGGAGAAGGGGUGCCAGCCCCCUAGAAGAGUUGUGGACCCAGUUGGAGUGCUGUGGACACCAAGGCAGGUCUUGAGACUGGACACCAGUGAGCAAGGGUGGGGAGAGUCAAGAAGCAGGGACUAAAGCCCUGGCUCUGCACCAAGCAGAGUGGGGAAGGCAGGGGCUGGUCCCCAGGGGCUGGCUUUCCCCACCCACAUCCCUGCCAGCAGGCCCAAGAGUCCCCAACCUGCACCAGGCAGCACUGAGUGUCCUGAGUCCUGGAGAAGAUGUCCCCAGAAGCUGCUGGGCCU